AUGGGACAAAAAAUUAGAAUUGUUGUAGGUUGUGAUCAAGCAGGCUACGAAUAUAAGGAAGCAAUCAAAAAAGACCUUCAAAACAAUCCCCUUGUUAAAAGCGUUAAAGAUAUUGGGGUUCCAAGUAAUACUGAUGCUACAUCCUACCCUCUUAUUGGUAUAAAAGCUGGUGAGAUGAUUCAGGCUGAUGAAGCUGAUCGUGCUAUUCUAAUUUGCGGGACAGGUCUAGGGGUUGCUAUUUCAGCCAAUAAGGUUUCAGGAAUUAGAGCAGUUACAGCUCAUGAUAGUUUUAGUGUGGAGCGUAGUAUUCUUUCUAAUAAUUGUCAAGUGUUGUGUAUGGGUCAAAGGGUCGUUGGUUUAGAACUUGCUAAGAGACUAGCAUCUGAAUGGUUAACUUACAUAUUUGAUGAAGGUAGUGGAUCUGCUGCCAAGGUUAAGGCCCUUGUUGAUUAUGAGAAUAAAUCUUCACAAGUUCCCGUUGCAUAA